AUGUCCUUCCCUGCGCAGGGUCGCCAGCCCGUUCGGCCUGCGCGCUCGACUUUCCGCAUGCCCGGCCGCGCCGCACCAUCACCCCCCGUCGGCGUCGAACCUGCGUCGGCGCGCAUACCACACCUUCCUCUCCAGCUUGGCCCGUUACCCAACCCUCCACUGCAGAGACACCCGACCGUGCCGGCGCGGGCGUCUGCGUCUACCAAGGGGCACGUGGCGCGCUCUUCGCUGUCCAACACCACGCCCACCUACACUCCGCACUACGUUUCAUCAUAUCUCUCGUCGCAGCUCUCUGCGCAGCAACUCAAUCAGCUCGCGGCGCAGCAGCUCAGCACGCAACAGUCCAAUGCGCAGACUCUCAUCGUCCACCCUCCGCGCCAUCGUUCGCUCAGCAUACAGAGCUAUCACGCGCUCAUGCCCGAACACGCCGCCGUGACCGACCUCGCCGUGCCCGAGGAGGACGAGACCGACCUCCCGUACAGUAGAGGCGGAGGCGAGCUCGCCGUCCGGGCCGACCACACUGGGCGCCGGUGCAGUGUCAUUGCCAUCACUCCAAGCGUUGGGCGUAAGGCCAAGUGUCACUACGACCCGUUUGCGCGCCGCCACACCCUCAUGCAGACGACAAGCCUGGCGGACAUGGACGGCGAUUCGGUGCUCUCAAGUUAUUCGUCGGGCGGGGCAAGCGGCGUCUUCGUGCGCUCCGAGGGCUCGCACUGGACCGUCGUCGACGAGGGGAGCGUGCGCUCGUUGAGCAGCGCUAGAAUCGGACAGCUUGUUUAG